AUGAAACUUUCUUUCAUUUUCUUCUCCAUUUCACGAAUAAGAGCGCAGGAGCCAGAGUAUGACGAUGAGUUCACAACACCAAACUGGGUCUCCACAUCAACUUUUUCCGCGACAACAGAAUUUUCUUCAACAACAUCAGGGGCAUCAACAUUUGCUUCAACAACGUUUCCAACAACGGAGGAGAUGAUUUUGUCAAGUAUUGCUUCGUCGACCGAGAUUUUUACAGUUCCCUUAACUGAUUCGCCAGAUUUUUCGACUCAAGAAGAAACGACGGUGAGAGAAUCGACUGAGGGGUGGACCUUGCCGGGCUUGGCCGCGCCUCUAGAAUUGUUAUCAACAGAAAAAUCAGAAGAACCAGAAGAAUCCGAUGAGUCAUUGAAAUUCGGCCUACCACCCGGUUUAAACCCAACCUCAACAGCUGUGACCGUCCCAGAAGCAACAACAACAGCAAAAACAACAACAGAGGAAGAAACAACAACGAUUUCUCUCGAAACAAACAAUCAAAAUUUUCCACCUUUUUUCACCGGCCAAGAAAAUCAGCGAAGCAUCGAUAUUCUCGGCGAUUAUUCAGUGCAAUGCGAUAACAAACGACUCUGCAUUUACGUCAGAAAGCAGUUUCUCCUCGACAAUCAAAUCCGAGAAGAUGAAUUUGUCGAGUUUGGACUUCAGGGGCUUCAAAAUGACGAAAACGGAGCCAUUUGCGGAGAGUACCAGAGUGUUGUCGACCCAACUUUGGACACGACUGGAUAUUUGCAGUUUUGCUCUUUCCCGAAUGCAAUUAGCGGGUGGGGCUGUGGAACUUCUUUUCAGCAAAAUGACACGCAUUUCAUUUACGAAAACAACGUCUUCUUCCGCCGGAGCCCGUUAUUCGCCAUUGGCAUCAAUGGAACUUGCACGACCGAGAGAAACAUGCUCGUUUCUGACACGAUGGGAGUCUACAUCAACAAUCCAAAGAUGAUCACGAUGACGAUUCCGAUUUUCAGAGGUGGCGAGUUUCCUGUCAUGAUGAAUUUGUACCAAGAUAUGACUUGGAGCGCGGCAUAUCAACAGCCCCCCUUUCUCGACCUUGGCCUCAGUCCAACUGAAAUCAGCUACAUGUUCAUCGCCAUCCGCCACAUCAAACCCCUCCCAGGAGCAUCAGUUCAAGUCCUUCGUCUUUGGGGAACCCCUAGCGCGGACUCGAGAGAUCCAUCAUUUUACAAUAUCAUCUCUGAUCAAUGCAGGGAAAAGGUCAAUGGUCACCCUGUUUUUGAAGUUGACAACUUUUUGAAUGGAGAAGGAAGUAUUGUCAGAUACCAAGUUCCUGUCUUUGCUUUUCCCAAUUCCGGCAAGGUUUAUCUCCACGCAGAUGUCAGAAUCUGCUUUCAAGACAACGGCCUUACUGUUUGCACAAAAACCUGCGCUCCGUACACUUUCAGUCGGAAAAGAAGAUCGUCAGAUGAGCUUAUUGACGACUCAGAAACAAUCACUUGGGGACCAAUCUACAUCAACAAACCAGAUGAUCCUACAGAUCGCCUCGGCCAAGCUACACUAAAAGUAGCGAAUCAAGAAGAAAAUCUUUCGGGUGAAGUAAAAUUGAUCAUCGUUGUCGUCAUCGGCUCUGUCUCAGUCCUCAUUCUUGGAAUCAUUCUCGGAGUCUUGCUGAAAAGAAGCUUGGCAAGAAAAGAUUUCACCUGA